AUGUCUGCGGAAUGUAACGACAGGAAGCGAAAUAGUAUGUUAGUUGGAGUGAGCAGACAUAUCGAUGCUGGGAAAAGAGAUGUGGCAAUAAAGUAUAUAAGUCUGGCAGUUCUCGUAGUUCAAAAUGCGGCGCAAGUAUUGGUUAUGCGUUAUGUGAGGACUCGACCACGUGAAAUGUUUUUGUCAACAGUGGCAGUUUUUUGUACCGAAGUUGUUAAACUGAUCAGUUGCUUUGUGCUUAUAACUGUCGCGGAGAAGGGUUUUUUGAGAUGUUUGAAAUUAAUGCACAGAGACAUAAUCAAGCAGCCGAUUGAUACACUGAAAGUAUGUGUGCCAGCCGUAAUUUACGUUAUUCAAAAUAAUCUACUCUACGUAGCUGUUUCUAAUCUAUCUGCUGCUACAUACAUGGUGACAUAUCAGCUCAAAAUACUCACAACAGCGCUUUUCACUGUGCUCAUUCUUCGGAGACGUCUUUCAGUACUGCAGUGGCUUGCUUUGGUUUUACUUUUUGGAGGAGUUGCUUUAGUUCAAGUGGAUGAAAAAAAAGCCAAGGAUACAGCGAAGUUCGUGAAAGAAAAUGCAACACUAGUAACAGACAGCAACUUUGCGUCAACAAAAUCGACAGACACAUACAAACAUAUCGGAGAUCAAAGUCCUGUCAAGGGUUUUUCCGCAGUUAUAGUCGCGUGUAUAUUAUCAGGAUUUUCUGGCAUAUAUCUGGAAAAAAUAUUAAAAGGAUCGGAUGUAUCUGUGUGGAUGCGAAAUGUACAGCUUGCUAUUAUCUCACUUCCUGUUGGUUUGGCUAAUAUUUUUAUACAAGAUAGUGAGAAGGUACUGGAACGAGGAAUCUUGAUUGGAUUUGAUAUUGUAGUAUGGGGGAUGAUCUUUCUCUCAUCUCUUGGUGGCCUCUUUGUUGCUGUCGUUAUAAAAUAUGCUGAUAAUAUUUUGAAAGCGUUUGCUACAUCGAUUUCAAUCAUUAUAGCAUGUGUUGUGUCGACAUUGUUUUUCCAGUUUCGCCCAUCAAUUUUAUUUCUCACUGGUACUAUACUUGUUAUUGGAGCUAUCUUCAUGUAUAGUUUAUUUCCAUUUACUAAACAAUAUCAGAAAGCUCCGACAGAUCCUCCGCAAGUGGCACAGCGAAAACCAGAAGCGGCAGCACUCUGA